ACUUGUAAAUGAGCUCUUUUAGCGUUGUCAUGCAAAAUAGGUCACAACUCCUUCCGCGAAAGGCGAUGGAAGUUUUGUUGAUUCGUGAAUUUGCAGCAUGACAUGAGCCUGAAAACUAGAUGAAGGCAACAUUCAGACGGCUUUACUUGGUUGAUGGCUCGCACUCAUGGCUCAUGGCGAUUCUCGGGUUGUUGUGAGCGGAGGAAUCAUACUGAACAAGUUUCGAAGAUUCUUGGAGCGACUGUCUCAAGAAAUCGAGGAAGACCAGUUACAAGGCUUUAAAUUUAUACUGCAGGGAUCCAUCCCGUCAGGACAUCUGGAGGAGUGUAGCAAACCAAGAGAUUUGUUUUCAAAAAUGUUACAACAGGGUAUCUUGGGAGAGGACAACUUAGACAACCUUGAGAAACUUUUAACGGACGUUAAAAGGCUCGAUCUUGUGAAACGUGUAAGAGCUUAUAGACAGAGUGAAUCACCAGCUGUGGAGCUGGUCUGCUUCUCUUUUGGUAUGCAAGCAGAUGUCAAUGUGCAACAAAACCUUGUGCACAGCAUGAAUGCAUUUCUGGGUUUUGAUCCCUCAGAAAUACACCUGGAAGGAAGUGAGCAAGUGGGAGUCAAUUGGUGGAAUUUAAAUUUUAAAAUCACCAAUAGGAAGGAAAUGGUAGACAGCCUUCGAUGGGCUGCCAUUCACAAACUCCCUUGGCUUAACCAUUGCGGGGUCAAAGCAGUGAGAAUUGGCAAUGAAUCUCAAAUUCUAUUGCAGCCAAUUACACGCUCACUCUCUUUAAUCACUCCAGAUUGCAAUCACAAUGACAACAACCUGGACCUGAUUCUAGUUGUUGACUGUGCUUUAUCAAAUCCAGUGCUGUUAGGACGUCUGAAGACUCAACUGAGGCACCUGAUCAAUGAUAUUUUUGACAAUUUCCAUCUCAGACUGGCACUCAUCAGUUACCAAAACCAUCAAAGGCAUCCACGCCCUGGAAUGCGAUCUGGUGAUCCUGGAAUCAAUAACACAGCACUCAUACAGAAAUUUACAGACAGAAAGGAUACUAUGAAAGAAACCAUAGAAAGCCUGCGUCGCCUUGGGAGGCCAGGUGGAACAAGAGGGCUGGCAGAUGGACUGGCACUAGCAGUCCAACUCAGUGAAGUUGGCGGCGAUAGUAACAACUUAAAGUGUCGCAAAAAUGCCAUCAAAGUCUGCAUAUUACUGCCCAUAUUGGAUCAAAGAAAAACUCUUGAAAAUUUUCAGUGUGAACAUGGCCAUGAUGUAAUGAAGCUCUGUCAUCAGCUUACAAAGAAUUAUGUCACUCUUCAUACUAUUGUGAUCUCCCAGCCAGAGCCAGCAUACAUUCCAGACCCAGCACAUGACUUAGUGACCGACUUUUUCACAGGAAUUUCCCUAAAGACAGGUGGUAAAUUUUUCCAGAUACCCGAUGUCAAAUUUAUUUCUGAGGUUGCCAAGUAUAUAAUUGCUGCAAAUAUCUCUGAGGAACAUCUCUUUGGCACUGCCUAUGACAUUGUUAUUGAGGAAAUCAGAAAGACAGAAGGUGGAGAUGUCUCCCUAGAAGAUCUGAAUAUUAAACUUCAAGAGGGCCUUAAUCAAAGAUCUUUUCGUGUCAGUCGUGUGCUAUUCAAUGGACAAUUGGCCCUUGGACCAGCUACAAAGUUGGCAAAGAAAUUCUCACUGGAUGAAGACUUCCCUAGUGCUUGUGAUACAUUUCAGUCUGCUCUGGAAAAAAGGCAUCAAUCUACCCGUAACAUUGUUGCAGCACCUGGAACACCAAGUGAUGUUGCUAUGGAGGAAGCACAAACUACCACCUUGCAAUUUUCAUUAUUAACUGAUUGUGUAAUAACCACUGAAGUCUCAGAGAGGAUAAUCCAGAGAGUUGUUCAACGGAGAUUCUGACCUGGAUAAUGAUUAAGGCAUAAAAUUUUAAUUCUGUAUCUGGCAUACAUGUAUGCAAAUCAGCUGGUUAACAUAGAGGUAUGCUACAUUUUGUAUCUGUAUGCAGUAUUCACCCAAGCAAAUUCUACUUCUUUGUAAGAGUCUAGUCAAUGCAUUUUCAAAUAUUAUUUCAAAGAUGGAGAAAACUCCAUUAGGAUGCCACAUAGUGGAAGAAAUAUUUUAAAAUCUUAAUACUUAAGAUAUUUGUUAGAAUAUUGUUGGCUAGUCAUAAGGUAUGCAAUUCAAUGCACCUUAUAACGAUAUUCCACUCUUGUGAUGUAGUUCAUAUGGUUCAGUUUUACCCUUGGUUCAAAUGUAAUUAUCCUUUGUUUCAAAUGAAUUUGCAUCUAUUCAAUAUUUUUGAAAAAGAAAAAAAAAGGAAAAUUUAAUGCAAACCAAGGAGAAAAUUGAUGGAAAGCUCCACAGUAUUCUGACUGUGAAAUACCAGUAACUUUUUUGAAAUGUCAGGUGUACCACAAGUAAGAGUUUAAUGUUUGACUAACUAAUACCUUAACAUGAAAACCAGAAGAUGCCAGUUCACAGUCAGCGCUUACAUGACCAACAAGAUCCCCCUUCUGAAAGAGGGGAGAGGAGUGGUUGACAUGCACCCUGGGAUUUCUUUUAGCCAUCACUCUUGAUAGUUUAGUAAAUUGAGAAUCUUAUUUCUUAACUUUCUAAACUAAGACCUUUCAUAUCUUAUUAUUAGCUGCACUUUUUAUGUUGUGGUGCAAAUAGCCAAAGGAAGCCUAAGCAUGAGAAUGCAAGGGAUAAUUAAGUUAUAAAACAUUUAUUGUCCACUGGACACUAAAAAGUAUUUAAGCAAUAGACUGCACUUUCUAUGUAUCAGUCUUGCAAAAAUCCACGUACGAUUUUGGGAAAACACAUGAAAAAUUUGUAAAUUGUGAAAUGGAGACAAGUGAUUAACAAAUUUUUUUAAGUGUUCUUCUAACAUUCCUUGUGGAUUAUUAUGCAGGUAAACUAACAGAGAGCGCGGCCUUUUGCUUUUUUUUUAUGAAAUAAACUGAAAGCAGAACAUAGUUUUCUGAUUAUUUAAACAAAGGUUAGCCAUUAUUUAACAAAACCACAUCCUAAACAAUCCUCAAUUUUUCUGGACUUUUUAUCUGAGCAUUUACUUUUUGUGAACAGUAUAAAGAGGGCUGAAAGCUAAUAGCAGAAGGGCAUUUGUAUAAUUAAAUCAACCGUCUUAUAUACUUUAGAAUGCCUGUGGUGCACUGAAUGUAUAAAACUGUGGUUUGGGUUAGACCUUGUUUAAAUAACCGGCCCAGUACGUUUCAAUUUUUCUAUGGGCUUGUCAGUGCAAUGAAUGAUAGGACUGAAUUUCCGAGAAAUCAAUCAUCUAUAUACAAUUUUAAUAGUGUGUAAAAUUGGACUAAGACACAGUUUAUGGCUGCAGCUGCAUUAUAUCUGGAACUUAGAAGGAAUAUGCCUGAAAAAAGUUUCUUUUUUUUUGUGAAUGAUGUCAGCCAAAUGUAUCCAAAGUUAAAUUGUAUAUCCUUGAUUUUAUAGCUGUUAUGUUACUUUGUAAGAAUUGACAUACUUUGAUUUCAUGUAAAUAUAACAAAAAUGUACAAAAGUUUGGAAUGAAGAGAUUACAUUAUAUAGUCUUACAUAUUACCCAAUAUCUAUUUUUAUUACAUUUUUGCUUCCAUUUUUGUCAUACAUAAGGGCUGUAUAUUUUAGUGCAGUGAUGGGUAUCAAAUGUCAUUGGAGGAGGAUGUUACUUUAAACACAUCUUAAAAAGCAUAUCUUCAUAUCUUAAAAAUCCAUUGUGGGAAAGUACCAUAGGUAGUGUUCAAAGAAAGCUUUUAUUGUCUUGGUCUAAUUUUAAAAUAAAUAUUUAAGGAUACAGUGCUAACAAGCCAAUUGCACUACUAAAAUUUUUAACAG